UAAACAUAUAUAUAUAUAUACAUAUAUUUCGAUAUUUCGUGGAUCAAGUGUCAAAAAACUGACGUUUUAACUGUCAAAUUGUUUACUAUUAUCUAUCCGGCAGUGUUUACUAUCAAAACAUGUGUUGAAAGUUCUGAUAACCAUCUAGUGCAGUGAAACAUUAAGGAAAUAAAAGUUAUAAGAGAAAGUUUGAACCAUAUGAUCUAAUAAAAAUUUAGUCUUGAUAAAAAAUUAGAAACACUACAAGUAUUGAGUGUUAAUUAAAAUCAAUUUACUAUUGCAGUGUUCGUUGAUUUUCGAAGAGUUCGUUUAAUGGAAUGUCGGUGUAGUUAUUCAAUAAACAAUGAUGACUCCUAUGAGCGAGGACGGAGGUCCUUUGAGGGAAUGGGCACCAUUAACGAGUCUCCUACAACAGAUACCGGUUAAACUCCAGAGCGGAAUAUUCACUCAGGACAUAAAUUUCACCUGCAUCGACGCAGUUCCGGAGUUUAUAGCCAUCGGGACGAACUGCGGGCUAGUUUACUGGUUCGACAGAGCAUCUGGAGAAUUGCAGCGUCUGAGAUGUGAGAAUGCAAACUCUAACAUCACUUGUUUGCGGGUAAUAUCCACGGUAGACUACAUGGUAGCCGCUGGAAAUAAUCUUGGAGUAGUUACAGUUUUUCAGAUCCCAAAAAACCUUCCAGAAUCUCUGCCAGACAGCUUGAAGCCGAAGCAAAAGAAGCAAAUAGAGCGUUACAAUAUCGGAGGGCUUCAUAAAAGUCCAGUUAGUGCUGUCGAGUGGUCUAAAAAUGGAAUGAAGCUCUUCAGCGGUGAUCAAGAAGGGCUUGUUGUACUUACAGAGAUUGAUUUUUAUAUGCAUUUAUCCAAAUCUUCAGAAUUGUUAAACGAAAAGUACGCAGUUGUGCAAUUAAGCUACCAGCAAGGAUUAUUACUGGUGUCUACGCUCUUCAGAACUAUUUUAGUAGAUAGAAAUCAUAAUAGCAAAGUUUCUCAAGUUGGUCAGAAGGAAAGAAAAACUUUGGGAAAAUUAGGAGCCGUUUUUGGCACUCGGCUAACUCCAAUUCAGGAGCCAAUUAUUUAUGCCAGUAGACCGGGAUUGAGAUUGUGGGAAGCUGAUAAAACUGGUACCGUGUUAAAGACUUUGAUUUUUAAAGAAGCGGUUCAGAUUAGUAACACUCAAGUACUUUUGUUGAACCCCGCGCCUGAAAUGCUGAAGAAAAAACGCGGAGAGCCUACUUUUGGAGUCGUCCUCCCUUUUUGCGACGACCUUUUUGUUACUUACAGUGAAGACUAUAUUCAUGUUAUUAAUCCGGUUACAAUUACAAUUACAUCUGUCGUUAGUGAUCUCAGAAAAAUAACUGAUGUUGCUUGUACGAGGGAUGAAAUAUUUGUUUUGGAGGGAGAGAGAAAUAUUCUAAGGAUCGCUUAUCAUCCAGAGUCUUGUACGAUUGAAUCCACUCCGGAGGAAUUGAAGGAACCAAUGGGAUCCUUUGCGGAAAUUAGCAAACCGGUAACUAAGAGUAUUAUUGGUCUUACGACGAAGCUAAAAGAAAAUUCAAUCCCGAUUCCGUUUUAUAAAAUCAGUCCUAGUAAUAUUAUCCAGGCGCUGAGUGUCUUGCCGUCCCGGGGAGUAGAUCCCAAUCCAGUUGUUAGCGGGGAAGAAGCUACGGAGAUGCCUCCGAUAGUUCCGCUUAGUAUUGACACUCCUUUGGUCGCUGAAGUUCCGGUGGAAACUGAGCGAGGAACGGAGUCUAGGGAUACUGUUGAUGCUCGGCUGAGUAGGAGACAAAUUUUUCAGAAAAUUAGCGAGCAGGAUUUUGAAGAUGUGGUUUUUACCCCGGAGCGGAAGAAUAAGAAACAGAAUAAGUUUGUUAAUGGAAAUUGUAAUAAGAGUUCUGACAGUAUUUUGCCACCUGCUACUUAUAGUAUUCAUGAAACUCACUCGUCGCUGCUGACUUUGAGUAUUGAUGAUGAAUCUCUGAUUAAAAGUGAACGGAACUUGGAGAAUAUUCAAAAGGAUGUUGAGACUAAGGAGAAGUUACUCGCUGAUGUGCUUAAUUUUGAUUGGUCUGAGUAUAUGACGAGCAGCCAAAUUUAUUCGCCAGAUUCUACUACCAACAACUCACUCAAUACUAUCACUUAUUUAAAUUGUACAGAACCUACGAUAGAACCUAAAGUAUUAUCUUCUUCUACAAGAGAAAAUGAUAUCAGUGAGCAUACUGAUGAGUCUGAUGAAGACGAAAGCUAUCGCACGGAGUUGAAAAAAUUGCAAACUCUUGGUGAAUGCAGCAAAAAUUUAUAUACUGUUAAAAAUAAUACUAAGGAUGUCAUUGUUGAUAAUAUUAAAAAUUCUUGCCAAAAUAAUUCACGUGAUUUGGAAAUACAGUUUAAUGUCUUGUCCAAGGAAUUCGUAUCAUCGGCAAUUUUUGAAGAAGCUGAAGAUUGGGUGGUUGUUUCAUCAGUUGAAUAAUCAUUUAAUUAUAUUGAGACAUGUUGAGUUAUAUUUCAGAUUCGCACAAUUCAUAAUUAUUAUCAUUAGUUAUUAAUCGGAUUGAACAACUUUAAUCAUGUAUUUAUUACCUAUACUUAUAUUUGGAUAGGGUAUCAUUUUUAUCGGACAAAUAUUAUUACUUAGUUUAUUAUGAAAUAAAAAUGUAGAUUGGUUAGAUCUUUGUGUAACUAUUUUAAUAUUUUUUAUGCUAGUCAAAAAUUAGUUCAGAAAAAUUAAAAUAAACCAAUGGCAUAAUAGAAAAAAAAAUUAAUAACAUCAGUUAAAUUUUAUGAGAAAUAUUUAAUUGUUAUUUACAUAUGUACAUAUUUUACUUCUUAUGCUCUUUAUUUCUGCUUAUUAAAUUUGCAGCUUCCAAAA